CCCUUAAUGGUGUCUCUCUGUGUCCAAUAUUGGAUACCUGUAGGCGCGGCCCGGGCAACUGGGAUAGGAUGUGACGUCUUUGCCCAAUCCUCUUAGUUUAAUUAAGCUGAACCAGCGGGCGCGGGCGCGGGCUGCAGCUCUCCUUCGACAGCCCCGGUUUCAAACGUCGAAUCGGCUUUGUGAGCAGUUAGACGGCGACUCCUCGGACACCGGAGCGGUUUAAAGAGCGUUGGAGGCGUCUGUCCCCGGCCACCUGCAGGAUGCUGCCUCGCCGGAUGCUGUGGAGCGCCGUGGCGCGUCAGGUCACUCCGCGUCUGACCUACAGCAGCGCAGCGGCGCAGCCACAGGUGAAGCCAAAAAAGACCACAUUCGGCCCUCUCAGCGACCAAGACCGGAUAUUCACCAACUUGUAUGGACGGCAUGACUGGAGACUCAAGGGAGCACUAAAAAGAGGUGACUGGUACAAGACUAAGGAGAUCAUAUUGAAGGGACCAGACUGGAUACUGAAUGAGGUCAAAAUCUCAGGGCUCCGGGGCAGAGGGGGAGCAGGUUUCCCGACUGGAAUGAAGUGGAGUUUCAUGAACAAACCCAGUGAUGGCCGGCCUAAGUAUCUGGUGGUGAAUGCUGAUGAGGGGGAGCCUGGGACGUGCAAAGACCGUGAGAUAAUGCGUCAUGACCCCCAUAAGCUGAUAGAGGGCUGCCUGGUGGCUGGAAGAGCCAUGGGUGCCCGUGCUGCAUACAUCUACAUCAGAGGAGAGUUUUACAAUGAAUCAUCCAAUCUACAGGUAGCAAUUAAUGAGGCAUACAAAGCAGGACUGAUAGGGAAGAACGCCUGUGGCUCAGGGUAUGACUUUGACGUGUUUGUAAUGCGGGGAGCCGGAGCCUACAUCUGCGGAGAAGAGACGGCCCUCAUCGAGUCUCUUGAGGGCAAACAAGGGAAACCCCGACUCAAGCCACCAUUCCCUGCAGACAUAGGGGUUUUUGGAUGCCCGUCGACAGUUUCCAAUGUGGAGACGGUUGCUGUGGCGCCUGCGAUCUGUCGUCGAGGCGGGACCUGGUUUGCCAGCUUCGGGAGGGAGAGGAACUCUGGGACAAAGCUGUUCAACAUCUCCGGUCACGUGAACACACCAUGCACAGUGGAGGAAGAGAUGUCCAUUCCUCUGAGGGAGCUAAUAGAGAGACACGCAGGUGUGUGCUUACAGUGCUCCUCUGUGUUGAUGUUGGUUUACUUUGAGAUGUUGACACGAGUUCCUCCCUCCUCUUGUCUGAUUGGUGCAGGAGGAGUGAGGGGCGGCUGGGACAAUCUAUUAGGAGUGGUCCCAGGGGGGUCCUCUACUCCCAUCAUCCCUCAGUAUGUGUGCGAUGAUGUUUUGAUGGAUUUCGAUGACCUGGUCCGUGCAGAGACUGCUCUGGGAACUGCGGCCAUUAUAGUUAUGGAUAAAUCGACAGAUGUGAUUCGUGCCAUCGCACGUUUGGUUGAGUUCUACAAACAUGAGAGCUGUGGCCAGUGCACCCCCUGCAGAGAAGGCGUGGAUUGGAUGGAUAAAAUGAUGUGGAGGUUUGUGCGAGGAGAGGCAGCAGUUUCGGAGAUUGACAUGAUCUGGGAGCUGAGCAAGCAGAUCGAGGGACACACCAUCUGUGCCCUCGGAGACGGAGCUGCCUGGCCUGUGCAGGGCCUAAUCCGCCAUUUCCGGCCAGUCAUGGAGAGCCGCAUUGGUCAGUAUAACAACAAAAACCCUCCAAGAGAGCCAGAGAUUGAGAUGAUCUGAAAGCGUGCAGACAUCGAUUUCACCUUUCAGUCUUUCACAACAGUAUUAUUACAUAGCUCACCAUGUUAUACCACACUGUAAACAUUACUUUUGAACAAGUUUUUAAAACGAAAAUAUUUUUCUUCUUUUUAAGAUUGUAAAACGCAAGACUCACUGUAGAACUUGAAGUUUUUUCCAAGUUUAAAGUUAUCUUCUUUGGACAAGUAGUUUAUUUUUGUAAUAAAUCCUUCAGUAAGAUGGUUACUUAAUCUACAGUAAAUUAUUGAAAAUACAGUGUAAUGAAACACAAGCUCAAACAUGGCAAUA